AUGGUCUAUGCUUUCGAGCACGGAGGCUUUUCGAGGGCGAUGCUGGCGGAGUUGCUGUUCAAGCUGACCGGGUGGAAGUGGCGUACCGGGUUCGACGUGCUCAACAGCGAGCGCCUCACGUCCGACAGGAAGAUCCGGAUCGAUGCCGCGGUGUUGCAAGAGGAGACGGUGAGCGACAGCCUCGCCAAGUGGCACGGCAACGGCGUCCUGGAGAAUGUGAUGGGCAGGGCAAAUGGCGUGCAGAAGAAUCCCAAAGCGCUCGAGAAAGGCAUCGAGCUGGCACGCAAGCUUCACGAGAUGAGGGUCGCGGCCACGGAGGACGCGCGGCAGGUGCGCCGCGGGCGCUCGGAGGAGGAGAGCGGCACACCGAAAGCCCCACCACUGCUGCAACGCGCUUGCAGUGAUACCACCAAGCAGCACAUGUACACUGCUUCUACGAGCUGCAGCUCGGAGAACGGACACCUGAACACGGGGAAGGUGCGAAAGGUGCAAAGCUACGCUGUGGAGCUGUGA